AUGGCGGCCGGAGAGGGGCAUCGGCGGCAGAAUCGGCAGCAGGGGCGAGCAGGGGCUGGUCCUGGCGCCUCCGGGGACUGGAUGUGGCCCGCGGGCCGGAGGUUGCCGACCCCUGAUGUACACAAUCAACGGCUUUGUUAUGAUUUGUCCAAUCAAGAACCAACUGAUCCUCUCCGGGAUGGCGUACGAAGGUAUCUUCAGUUCCCAUCUGACCGGACUGUGUUGAUACUCCAUGCAAAAGUUGCUCAGAAAUCAUAUGGAAAUGAAAAAAGGUUUUUCUGCCCACCACCUUGUGUUUAUCUCACUGGACCAGGCUGGAAAGAAAAGAAGGAAGAGAUUAAAGCCAAAGAUCUAACAGAGUCCAGUUCCAAGGUUUGUGGGUAUAUAGGACUUGACAGCAUGGGCAGCGGCCAUGUGGAGACCCAGAAGCUAAACUUUGAGGAAUUGUCAGACUCCAAGGAAUUCAGCUGUGCCAAAGCCUUGUAUAUCUCAGACUCCGACAAGAGGAGACACUUCCGGUUGGUCUUGAGGCUCUUCUUCGGCAACGGGCAGGAAAUUGGCACUUUUCACAGCAAGCUAAUCAAAGUGAUAUCUAAGCCUUCACAGAAGAAGCAGUCUCUGAAGAACACAGACUUGUGUAUUUCAUCUGGAUCAAAGGUCUCUCUCUUCAACCGCCUGCGCUCCCAAACUGUCAGCACCCGUUACCUUUCUGUCGAGGGUGGUACCUUCACUGCAAGUGCCAGGCAGUGGGCAGCAUUUACACUUUAUCUGGAUGAGUUUUGUUCCCAGUCCCGGAGUGAAUUUCCACUGCGGGAAGGUUACAUUCGCUAUGGGUCCAUUGUUCGGCUUAUAUGCACAGCCACUGGCAUUGCAUUGCCACCUCUGAUCAUUCGAAAAGUUGCUAAGCAAUCGGUGAUGUUGGAUGUGGAUGAGCCUAUCUCCCAGUUGCAUAAAUGUGCUUUCCAGUUACAUGGCAGUGAUGGGAUGUACCUCUGCCUCUCAACAGAAAAAGUGAUCCAGUUCAAGGCAGCUCCAUGCCCAAAGGAAACAAAUCAGGAGUUGCUGAAUGACAGCUCCUGCUGGACUAUCAUUGGGACAGAAACUGUGGAGUACACAUUCAGUGAUGGCCUUACUGACAUUUUGGAUCCUGUGAGCCCAGUCCCUCUCAUAACAAAUCUGGAGGUUACAGGAGGAGGGGACGUGGCAAUGCUAGAAGUUCAGGGAGAGCACUUCCAAGCAAACCUGAAGGUUUGGUUUGGAGAUGUGGAAGCUGAAACUAUGUAUAGGAACCCCAAAUCCUUAAUGUGUGUUGUUCCUGAUGUUUCUGCAUUUAGCCAUGACUGGAGGUGGCUGAGAUAUCCUAUCACUGUCCCUCUCUUGCUGCUAAGGAAUGACGGUCUGAUUUAUUCCAGUACAUUCAGCUUCACAUACACGCCAGAGCAGAGUUUCCUCACUGAACCACCAAUCUUGCCAGAUAUAACACAUGAUUCGGAUACUUUGCUUGAUACCAUUCAUCAGGAAUUCACCAGGGCCAACUUUCACCUAUUCAUGCAGAGUUAGAUCCAUGGCUUGGUCGAUGCUCAACAGAAGCACAGGAAAAAAAAUGGAGAAUAUUUCAGUGAAGAAAAUACCUGGCUUUUAAGAAUUUUGACCAGAACUCAUUUGGGGACUUAUAUCUUUGUAAGUGGACUUGUGUCUGCAGAAAACAGAAUUGACCAGUUCCAUAAUGUCUGUAUUCAGUAAGGGCAUUACUAUGUAGAGGAGCCAGCAAAGUGACUGUUGCACAUUGAGACUGAUGCACAUCAGUAGAGCCCAGUGUCCAUUGGGACACUUGCCAGUGUCCCAUUACACAUCUUCACAGUUCACUAGUUAGGUUCCGUAGGACUUCUGUUGCAUAGCUAAGUAUCCAUGGCAGGCAUGUCAGCACAGGCCAAAUGACCUGGUUCCCCUGCCAUUGCGUCACCCUGUUUAAAUGACAUAUGGCCGAAGACCCAGUUAAACUGUCUACUAUUUUUGUGAGGGAAGACCAGUUCCACAGCAAAUCUGGACCAUCCCUCCCUUAAUCGACAUUUUAAAAACCUACCUUUUGCUCCAGGUCUUCCCAGAAAAUCCAGAGCUGCUUCUGGAGUUUUCUGGUCAUUCAAUGGGGUAGACCCCUCCUAAAGUUAUGUAAUGUAGACCGUGAUAGAAAAUUCUAGCUUUUUUCUUUAAUUUUAAAACUUGAUCUUGCCAGUUUUCAUGCCUUUGAAAAUAUGCCUGAUUUGUGACAUCAUAGAAACCAAACAGAAGUGUGGAGCUUCAGUGACUUAGUAAUCAACUUCCAAGG